CCAUGGCGCUGAGCAAAGGGCUGCGGCUGCUCGGGCGGCUGGACGCCUCCGGGGAGUGGAGCGUCCUGCUGGAGGCGCGCGGCCGCGGGGACUGCCUGCUCUUCGAGGCCGGCACGGUGGCCACGCUCGCUCCGGAAGAGAAGGAGGUCAUUAAAGGCCAGUAUGGAAAACUCACGGACGCUUAUGGCUGCUUGGGGGAGCUCAGGGUAAGAUCUGGUGGCGCUUCCCUGAGCUUCCUGGUUCUAGUGACAGGCUGCACGUCCGUGGGCAGAAUUCCAGAGGCUGAAAUCUACAAAAUCACCGCCACAGACUUUUACCCCCUACAGGAGGAGGCCAAGGAGGAGGACCGCCUCACAGCCUUGAGGAAGAUCCUCAACUCAGGGGUCUUCUACUUCUCGUGGCCCAGUGAUGGGUCCAGCUUCGACCUCACCGUCCGGGCACAGAAGCAGGGCCGUGACAGCUACGAGUGGGGGAGCUCCUUCUUUUGGAACCAGCUGCUGCACGUGCCCCUGAGGCAGCACCAGGUGAGCUGCUGCGACUGGCUGCUGAAGGUCAUCUGCGGCGUGGUGUCCAUACGCACGGUGUACGCCUCGCACAAGCAGGCCAAGGCCUGCCUCAUCUCCCGCAUCAGCUGCGAGCGCGCCGGCGCUCGCUUCCACACCCGCGGCGUGAACGACGAUGGCCAUGUGUCCAACUUCGUGGAGACUGAACAGACAAUUUACAUGGAUGACGGAGUGUCGUCUUUUGUCCAGAUCAGAGGCUCCGUUCCACUGUUUUGGGAACAGCCCGGGCUUCAGGUUGGCUCUCAUCAUCUGAGACUCAACAGAGGCCUAGAAGCCAACGCCCCUGCUUUCGACAGGCAUAUGGUGCUUCUGAAGGAGCAGUAUGGGAAGCAAGUGGUCGUAAACCUGCUAGGGAGCAGAGGUGGAGAGGAGGUGCUCAACAGAGCCUUCAAGAAGCUGCUCUGGGCCUCUUGCCACGCCGGUGACACACCUAUGAUCAACUUCGACUUCCAUCAGUUUGCCAAAGGUGGGAAGCUAGAGAAAUUGGAGAACCUGUUGAGGCCCCAGUUGAAGCUGCACUGGGAUGACUUGGACGUGUUCGCCAAGGGCGAGAAUGUAAGUCCACGUUUUCAGAAAGGCACUUUGCGGAUGAACUGCCUUGAUUGCCUGGACCGAACCAACACAGUGCAGAGCUUCAUCGCACUCGAGGUCCUUCAUCUGCAGCUCAAGAGCCUAGGGCUGAAUUCAAAGCCCAUCGCUGACCGCUUUGUGGAGUCCUUCAAAGCCAUGUGGUCUCUGAACGGGCACAGCCUGAGUAAGAUGUUCACGGGCAGCCGGGCCCUGGAAGGGAAGGCCAAGGUAGGGAAGCUGAAGGAUGGGGCGCGGUCCGUGUCUCGCACAAUCCAGUCCAACUUCUUUGAUGGGGUGAAGCAGGAGGCCAUCAAGCUGCUGCUAGUUGGGGAUGUCUACACCGAGGAGUCUGCAGACAAAGGAAGGAUGCUCCUGGACAACACGGCCCUGCUGGUGACGCCCAGGAUCCUGAGAGCCAUGGCAGAGCGCCAGUCGGAAUUCACACAUUUCAAGCGGAUCCGCAUCGCCACGGGGACCUGGAACGUGAACGGAGGCAAGCAGUUCAGGAGCAACCUCCUUGGCACGGCCGAGCUGGCCGACUGGCUGCUCGACUCCCCGAAGCGCGCCGGCCUCGCGGGACCCCAGGAUGAGGACAGCCCGGCUGACAUAUUUGCCGUGGGGUUUGAAGAGAUGGUGGAGCUGAGCGCAGGGAAUAUCGUCAAUGCCAGUACCACCAACAGGAAGAUGUGGGGUGAGCAGCUCCAGAAAGCCAUCUCACGCUCUCAUAGGUACAUUCUGUUGACUUCGGCACAGCUGGUGGGCGUCUGUCUGUAUAUCUUUGUACGUCCAUACCAUGUCCCAUUCAUCAGGGACGUGGCCAUGGACACGGUGAAGACAGGCAUGGGGGGAAAGGCAGGGAACAAAGGGGCCGUGGGCAUCCGCUUUCAGUUCCACAGCACCAGCUUCUGCUUCGUGUGCAGCCACCUGACGGCUGGGCAGUCCCAGGUGAAGGAGAGGAACGAAGACUACAGGGAGAUCACCCAGAAGCUGAGUUUCCCGAUGGGAAGGAAUGUUUUUUCUCACGAUUACGUGUUUUGGUGCGGCGAUUUCAACUACCGCAUCGAUCUCACUUAUGAGGAAGUCUUCUAUUUUGUCAAACGCCAAGACUGGAAGAAACUUCUGGAAUUUGAUCAGCUGCAGCUACAGAAAUCAAGUGGGAAAAUUUUUAAAGACUUUCAUGAAGGCGCCAUUAAUUUUGGACCUACCUACAAAUAUGACGUUGGCUCGGCCGCCUACGACACAAGUGACAAAUGCCGCACCCCUGCCUGGACAGACAGGGUCCUGUGGUGGAGGAAGAGGCACUCUUUUGACAGGACAGCUGGAGAACUCAACCUUCUAGACAACUAUGUAGAUGCUGACAGCACCGUCAGACAUUCCUGGUCUCCUGGUGCCCUCCAGUAUUACGGCCGAGCUGAACUACAAGCAUCUGAUCACAGAUGCCAAAAAACCCCAAAAAUCUAA